CUGUGGUCAUCAAUGCAUAAUUGUGGAAGCAAAUGACUCCAAGGAAAGUUAGUACUUCAACUUGGAAAAAUUCCUGAGCUGCCUCUCAGAGGGAGACAAGAUGAUCUUUAAUAACUAUGAUGGAAAUCUACUCACAAAGAGAAAAUCCGCAGAUGCUCAAAAUCCAAGCAACGCACGUGAAAUGCUGGAGGAACUCAGCAGGCCAGGCAGCAUUUAUGGAAAAGCGUACAGCCAACAUUUUGGGCCAACACCCUUCAGCAGGACUGGAAAAAAAGAUGAAAGAACAUGAUGUUCAUAAAUGCGGCCGAUGUCAGGCAGAAUUUUGCAGCUUGGAGGGGUUCAUUACUCACAAAUUGCAGAAAGCAUGCCAGCGGAACCAGGCCGCAUCCACAGGUUGUCCUAAGCAUCUCCAUCUCAACCAAGCAGCCUUUGAGGAGUCUGUGCCCUUGGACUCGGCAAUCACUCUCACACAGUUGGUUGUGGCUUCCCUUGCACAAACUGAAGCAAACAGCAAAUCACAUUCAGAUGCUGGGGCCAACAAGGCAUGUCAGAUCUCAGAGGAACAAUUUUGUGAAUACUCUCAACUGCAACAGACAGAACAGCUUACCAGUGAAGUAACUGAUGGUCAGAACUGCCAGAAGAACUUGGAAGAGAGUGGGGCUGAAAAGAAGAGAUAUGAAAUGGUUCUGACUGAUGAAGGACGCUUCAUGUGUCAAGUCUGUGAAAAGACCUUUAAAACGGCUGUCAUCUUAAAGGCACACAUGGUUACCCAUAGUGACAAGAAGCCUUUCAAAUGCAAGAUAUGUGGAAUGGCUUUCAGAACCAAGGGAUCUUUAGUUAGACACAAUCGACGCCACACAGAUGAACGCCCAUAUAAGUGCCGGAUGUGUGGGAUGAGUUUUCGGGAAUCUGGAGCUCUCACUCGCCACCUGAAGGCUAUCACUCCUUGUACAGAGAAAGUAAAGUUCCAACAGAUGAAAUUAAUUUCAACAACCAACCAAGAUGGAUCAGUGAAUAAACUUGAAACUCAGGAAGGAAAUAAGCAAAUUGAAGAGUUGGUUUCUGCAGCAGCGCCAGAGUCUCCGGAAGCAACAGCAGUGAUCAGUGUGCUUACGAAUUCUGAAGGAAGCAUCGAGGAAGUGCAAGUUCAUAAUGUGAGCCAAGCUCUGGAUUCUGAAGCUGCACAAAAACCACAGUCACCUGCUUCCAAGGAGCAGGCUCCAGAGGAGACUUCCAAUGAGAAUCUGAUCUGUCAGGCCAUGAGGAAUUCUGGGAUUGUCAUAGAAACUAUUACCAUUGGAGAUUCCCAGAAAUCCACAGGAACACCUCCAUUGACUGCUGAUGGUGACACAGAAGAGGAUUUCGUGGAAGACUGUGUUGUGAUGGAGGAAGAUGAUACGGCAGACUUUAAAAGUGAUAGCAAUUGCAAACAGUUCAAGUGCCCUCACUGCAGUCGAGUGUUCCGCGGAUCUAGCUAUUUGCGCCUGCACAUUAAAGCCCAUUUAGGCUACAAGCCCCACAGGUGUGAGCUGUGUGAGAAGGAAUUUAUGACGGCGUACAUUCUGAAAAAACACCUGGAAUCACAUUACAACGAGAGGCGCUUCAAGUGCGGGGAGUGUGGCAAGCUUUAUAAGAGCAUUGCCCAUGUGAAGGAGCAUAUGAGGGCACAUUCAGAUGACCGGCCGUACCCAUGUCCAAUAUGUGGAAAAAAAUACAAGACCAAGAAUGCACAGCAAGUUCACCUGAGGACACACUCUGAGAACAAGCCAUUUGCAUGUGACUAUUGUACCCGGGCAUUCCGAGAAAAGGGCUCCCUCAUCCGACAUGUGCGCCUGCACACUGGAGAGAAGCCAUUCACGUGCUGUAGAUGUGGGCGCGGUUUUGCAGAGCAUGGUACUCUCAAUCGACACCUACGAGCCAAAGGUGGUUGUCACAUUGGAUGUAAAGCACUGGAUCAGGUAGAGGUAUCACCUGGUGGCCAGUCUGCUGAUAGCGUUACCACAGCAAUCAUCAGUGAUGAUCCUCAUGCAGUACUGGUGGAGUUUUCCUCAAUGGUGGCCAACACACAAGAAUAUAUUAUUAAGACUCCAGCUGAAGAGACAGAAGACAGUCAGGCAGACUCCCUAAGCCAAGGCUCGAAGGUUGACAGCCAGAUCAUGAAAGUUGUACAACAAAUUGUAAACCAGACUAGCGCCAGCCAUCAGAUUAUUGUCCAGAAUGUUUCCAUGGAAGAAAACACUGAGCAAGGCACAGAUACAAUUACCAUCGCAACACCUGACAGUCUCACUGAGCAGGUUGCAAUGACAUUGGCCUCCAGCAUAGGUGAAGGAGCGGUUCUGGCAACAGAAGGCAGCCUGGAGACAAGGCAGGACACUGUUACUGUGGUGACAGCUGAUGAUAUCGAGAUGCUGGAACAUGCAGAUGAAUAUGUGAUAACUACUCAAGAUGGAGAGGUGGAAAUACAGACAGUGGUGGUGGGUGAAUAAUGGGACUCCUGCUGAGCCUCACUUUACCCUACUCAGGGAAAAGAAAUACUGUAAUUCAGAGGGUAAAUGCAAAAACCCAUAAACAAGAACUUGAUGCCACAGAGGAGCCAAGUGCUUAAGCUGCAGAGUGUUAUUUGUUUUGCAGCACGUGAGUAGUUCACAGUAGAUUGUACUAAGAUAACCAGUCUCUUAAGGCUUUGACCAUGCAGAGUCCAGAGGAGUUGCUUGUGUGUCCUGAUGCUGAAUGUUGGUUUUUAAGGGAGGUCAUGGAAAAUUAGAAUAUGCUUGGCCAAUGAUUUGGAUUCAUGAUGGGUAAUACAAUGGGCUCCUGGUGUUUAAUUUUAGAUCCAGGUUUUGUUUUUUUCCUGCCUCAUUCCCUCCAUUUCUGUCAAUAACUUCCACGUGCCAAGUUGAAUCCUACUGCUCUAUUAGAGUUCUGGAUGCUCUGUGAAACACACUGAUCUGAGCUCAAUACAUUGUUUUCUUCUCCAUUUAACACGGCUACUCUGUAAUUGUCAGUCUGGAUCAGGAGUAUCGCAACUUAAUGUGAAACUGACAUUAAUAAUUUGCAACAGAAAAUCAUUUCUAGUGUGAGUUACAUCCCAGAUCCCAGCUUGUCUGUUCACAUAAAGUGGAUGAAACUGAAGAUGGAAGAAAAGAAUUCCAAUUGUAAUAAGUUCCUACUUAAUACGAUUACAGUCUUUUAUUAAAGUAUUGUUAACUUGCUCAUUUAAAGACAACGCAUGUAAUGUCUGUAUCUAGUAGUUCUUUACAGGCAGUGAUACUGGACACUUGCACCAGUUUUCUUGGUGGAGAAAUGGGGGAGGGUGGAAUGCUGCAUGUGUUUUUAUAUUGUGGAUUACUCUUUAAUUCAUAGAUGACCUCAGCCAGUGACCAAUGUAAGGACCCUGCAGGUGACGUCUGUAAUGUCUGGUAUCAUCUCUUAAAAAGACAACAUUUCUUUUCAGUUUUUGCCAAGGGAUAUGAAGCAUAGCAAAGACACUCAUGGACUCACAGGGGGGGGGGGGGGAGUUGUGUGCUCAAUUCUUGUUUAAAAUUUUGCAACCCCAUGUUGAGUACACAGUACUCUGGUGCUGUGGUCUUUGUACAUGAUGCACAUGCAGUAACUGUAUCACACAAUAAGCUUAUUGGCACUUUUCCAGGUUGUAAACCACUGACAUGUAAUAAGAAUCCAGCUGUCUGUCUUGACUAUAUAAAUAAAAAUAACAGCUGUUUAAAACUAUUACAAAAAAUAUAAACAAGGCAUCUUUCCAUCUAUGUUAUCAAGCCAAAUAAUGAAUUAAUGAACAGUAUUUAGAAUAUUGUGAAGGACUACAGGAAGGAUGUGGAAGCCAUAGAAAGGCUGCAGAGGAGAUUUACAAGGAUAUUGCCUGGAUUGGGGAGCAUGCCUUAUGAAAACAGGUUGAGUGAACUUGGCCUUUUCUCCUUGGAGCAACGGAGGAUGAAAGGUGACCUGUUAGAGGUGUAUAAGAUGAGAGGCAUUGAUCGUGUGGUUAGUCAGAGGCUUUUUCCUAGGGCUGAAACAGUUGCCACAAGAGGACAGAGGUUUAAGGUGCUAGGGAGUAGGUACAGAGAUGUCAGGGUUAAGUUUUUUGGAGGUGGAUAGGAUAUGGUCUUUUAAGAGAUAGGUACAUGGAACUUAGAAAAAUAGAGGGCAAGAGACAUGUUUGGCACAACUUUGUGGGCCAAAGGGCCUGUAUUGUGCUGUAGGUUUUCUAUGUUUUAUUUCUAAUGUGCUUUAAGAAGGAUGGGUAUGCACGUGGAUAAGCAGCUUUAGAAUGACAACGAUCAGAUUGCAACAAAAACAAAUGGCAUGUGACAUAACUAUAAGGUAUGUCUGUCAUCAGGGCUUAUAUGUCAAGCUCCACAAAGCAUAAUCAUAUCAACAUUAUGUAAAUUGCUUAUACAGUGAAUUCUGGUUAAUUGAGAUAUUUUUCCAAUUAAGCAGCUGCCCCAAUUAGCAUGCCGAAGUUUCAUGGAAAUAGUUUAAAAAGGAUUAAAAAAAGACAAACUAUCAUUUAACUGAGUAACUGUAUUCAAAGAAAUACAGAACAAAUUAGAAUACUACUACAGUACUAUAAAACUGUACAAAUAGUAAUAGUUAUAAACAGAAGAAUUCACCCAGUGUACACUGCCAUGUUCUUUCGACUGUAAAUGAACAAAAUCAGUGCAGAAAUUUAGGAUAAUUUUUUCAGCUCUUGUCAAAAAUCUUUUUGUGGCAUCUUGGCAAAGGUCUAAAAUUUUUAAAGUCAAAAUUAAAAAUAAAAUUAUCAAAAAUCAUUGCUUUUUGAAUUGCUGUCCAUUGGCCCAAAUGGGUAACCUAACACAAUUUAAAGACUGUUCUCUAAGCUCGGUGCGUUAAUGGCCAUACAAGUGCAUGCAAAUGACGCUAGUUAAAACUGUACGGCAACAGCCUCCUGUCCCAAUUAAGCUGUAGUGUGUUCCAAAUAAAUAAAGGAAUCCCAGCUAUUUUCUGGAUUAGUUUUUGAAAAGAGUUGUCCCAAAUAAGUGGCUACCCUGAUUAACCGAUGGCCCAAUUAACCGGAAUCUACUGUAUUUAAUUAUUAUCAACAGCCCUUUAGCUUCAGUGCAGUGUAGUAAUAGUGCAUCUGCUCUGAAGAUAGCUUCUCAAUCAUGGGGCCUGUUUCAGAAAUAAAUUAUUUGGAGGUGGACAACAAAAUCCAAAAUUGACACAAAAUCUGAACUGACAGUAUCUUCCUGCUGACACGUUCUUCCACUUGAGAUUGCAGAUGGAUGUUGCUGAAGGCUGCAUCUCUGUACCCAGCAUGGAAGUAUUUUAAUGAAUGAAGAUACCAUAUGGUUCCAUUGAGUUCAAUCUGUUUUAUGUUAAUCACUUUCAGUGUACAUGAAGUACAUGCUGAUCUCAUUGACAACCAGUGUUUAGCCAGGAUGACAUCAAAUAAAGGGCAGAGCUUGAACAUCCUGUCUAUGCAGCAUUCAAUUGUUACAAAUGCUGUCUAGUGUCUGUGUCGUUUGGGCCACCCAGUCGUUCUAUUU